AUGACCUCGGCUGCGGAGCCUCGACACCGCGGGACGCUGGUCUGCGUCGUCUUGAAGGCCAAGAAUCUUCCAAAUAAGCGGAGCAUCGGCAAACAAGAUCCCUACUGCGUCUUGACUUUGGGCUCAGAAACUCAAAAGACCGAUCCCGACAAGAAGGGAGGCCAACAUCCGGUUUGGGAUUCUCAGCUGCAUUUCGAGAUAUUCGAAGAUGUGGAAGAUAUGUUGAAGAGGACUGCGGGAGACGGGGAUGUAGACGCGAAUGCUACGCUCAAGGCAGGCUCGUCGACCUCCACGGCCAAAAAGGGCAAAGCGACCUCCAACAAGGCGCUCAAAGUGACUUGCUAUGCUGAUGACAAGAACGAGCCCGAGUUCAUUGGCGAGGGCAUGAUAGACUUGACGGAAACGCUCAAAACGGGUGAAUUUGACGGUGAGUCGGGCUGGCAGGUGCUACUCUGGUGUUGAUCGCACGAGCGAUGUGUACUCAUGGAUGCGGCUGUAUCAACGCUGCUUCACAAAUUUGGCAGAAUGGGUUACCAUCAAAGCAAAAGAUCGGUAUGCGGGAGAGGUCUACCUCGAACUUACGUUUUACUCAUCUGUGAGUACCAUACAGCGCAGCAGAGGAAGCUGCAAUCGGCGCGAUGCUGACUGGGACUUCGGGCCGUGUCUUGCAGGCCGCUCCGCCUAGGAAGAAAAAGGCAGCGAAGCCAGUGGUCUCUGGUAAUGGCACUUAUGGAGGAGCUGGUACUUUCGUCGCAGACAUUGACGACGAAUUUGAGGUGGCUCCUAGACUACCUGCGAAGGCUGCAGCGAACACAAGCGGCCACGCCCCAAUUCCAUCGUCCAUGCGCUCGGGCAGGGCAAGCUUCAGCGGACCGGGAACUGGACACGAGGCGCAAUCAAGUGCAGCUUCCACCAUGAGCCACUCAAGGACACAUGGCGAUCUUGGCUCCUUCAGCUCGACCACUGAUGAAAUUCCCUCGACCCUGAGGCCAAGCUCAAGCUUAGCCCAGAUCAGCGCAUACACGCCCCCAUACGCGCCAUCUACCAUGCGAGCGCCCUCGCCUGCGCCUCCAUCACGCGCUCAGGAUCCCUCCGCUACCUUCCGAACCGGCUCUUAUCCGCCAACAAAAACCAGCCAUCACGCCCAACAAAAUUCAAGCGACGCCAUCAGCAGCAUCCCUUACUCUGCCAGUGGUCAUAAUUCCUCGACGGGCUCUACAGCGACCCUGCGGCCUGGUGCGCAGCAUUGGCAAGGAGGUGAUUUGGCCGAUGAGCUGUUGCGGCCUAUGAGCUCGAUGAGCUUCGGUAGUGUGUCGAAUCUAGCUGAGAGACCCUUGCCACCACCUACGCCAAGUAAUCACUGGGCCCCGCCACAACCGACACCUAGUCCCCUUGGUGCACCUGCCCCGCCACAGUCACCUUCGCCGUACGCGUACAGUGGCCAGCCUGGGCCUCCGCAACAGCAUCAACAGGCAUACGCAUAUCCGCCACCCGUAGCGCCGACACCACCAACACAUCCUUCUUCGGCUCCUCCGGGUCAUGCCUACUUGCAAGACCCACCACAGCCGCAACAGGUUUAUACCCAAGCGUACGGAUACUCGCAGCCACAACAACCACCCGCACCGCCGCCGUCGCAACAUCAGCAGCAACAGCAGCAUCCGAACUACCAUCCUCAAGCUGGUCUUCCGCCCCCUCCAUCUCAGCCUUCGCAAGGCUAUGAACCGCCUCGAGCACCCUCUCCUGCGCCUCGUCCUCAUUCCACGGCAAGCUACCACGCUUUGCCCAACGUUCCACCACCGCCGACAGCUUCUGUGGUCAACGCACAGUGAGUACGCUAACGUUGUGGUGCCGUUGCGCUGUACCUUCCCACAACCAUCUUGCUCUCACUACACGCAGGUCACUUUAUCAGUCUUCAACGCAUCUGAGCCAACCUCCCGCCCCUCCGCCACCGCGUGCCUCAUCGCCGUCACCUUCGAUAGCUCACUCAACGACACAAAGCACCAUCUACGCCCCGCCGCCACCGCCUCAAUCGUUCUUCGCCAUGUCAACUCAUUCUUCGCCUCCCUCUAUGGCUCAUCGGCCUCUUCCGUCAACACAACCGCCUCCGACCGAGUAUGGUACACAGUCACAUCACCAUCCGCCACCUGUGCAGCAGUAUUACGUUCCGGUGAGCUCUUUGGCGGAAAGCCCCGAAUCCGCUGCGAAGUCAUUGUGCUCACCCCUCCCCCGAUCGCAGUCGCCUCAACAGGCACCCCAGUACGGCAUACAAAGUGGAGUAGCCGCACCGGGCCAGUACAUAUAUGGGCAGCCUCCGAUAGCCAGCGCUCAAAGUUGGCCUCCGCCUCCGCCUCCACCUCAGGGUGCUCCGACGCCAGGUCUGCCGGUUCAAGCGCCCCCAGGAGUCUACAUUCCGCCUACUCCGCCUCCUGGAGCAGUAUAUGCAGCUCCGCAUCCGCCAUCUCAUGAGAUGCAGAAUCAUCCGCCUCCCACCCAGUCCCAUGCUUCGUACCAACAGAUGUACCCUCAACAGCACGGCGCCCCUCCUCCGCCGCCUUCCGGUCAUCAUUACCCGCAUCAGACUUCCCUGCCUCCAACUCAUCACCAACAGCAACAACCGCCCUAUCAUUACGCUCCUCAACCUCAGUAG